AGUUGCUUUUUCCUUUCUUCAACAACGUUACAAAAACAGUGUAGCAUUGCAAACCUAGAAUAGUAAAUUGGUCGUGUUUUAAAUACGUCUUAUCAGUCUUGUCUUUAAGUACAUAAUUUAAUGGACAUUAACGCUGUAAGUCAGUACAGAGAGCCUUUUUUACUAACUAUUGAAUGUGAGGAAAUGGACCGAAAUGUGUCAUAAACAAUUUGUUUCAGGCCUUUCUCCAGGAUUUUUUUAAGGGGCUUAGCCGUACAUAUUUAGCAUCAUUAUAACACAAAAAUCAAGCCAAAAGAAGUGGGGUAGUGAGUUGAAAACAAAGUACAAAUGGAGCAAAUACCUGAAACUGUCCUGACUGAGCGCCAGAAAUACAUUGGUGAUUUGGAACAGUUUAUUACACAAACCCAAACCCAGAUGUCAACAGUACUACAGAAGUUGUCAUGGACACCAGAACACUUUCUGAAGCCAGAAGACCGUGUUGUUUGUCCAAAUGAUGAGGGACAUAUUAUGCCCCCUGCGUCUAUUGAGAAACAUUUACCAAUAUGUCGACUGACCAAACUGGGAUUUCACAAAGAUGAAAUGGAUGUUCAACUACAUGAUUAUAAAGCUGUCCAUGGUGACAAUCCUGAUCUUGCACCGGUCAUUAUAGAUGAGAAAAUCCUCAAUGAUAUUCUUCUUAACCACUCUUUGAAGAACAAUUUAGUCUACUAUGGUAAACGGCCGAUGCCUGCAACCCCUCAGCAGGAGCUUGCCACUCUGACGAGAGAGGAACGAUUAGCAGUGUAUGAAUAUGUCACUGAAAAGGCUAAAAAAGGAAAUGAGCUCCUUAAUGUUGAAAAGGAUGAUAUACUUACUGUUGACUGGCAGGCCAUUGUGAAGAAUGGUGGGUUAUUCAAGGAUGAUGCCAGUAAGCCACGCAGUCAUGUUGAACGACUCGCUGAACUGAGAGACUACAAAAGAAGACGUCAGUCCUACCGAGCGAAGAAUGUUCACAUCACACAGAAGUCAUACACAGAAAUUAUCCGGGAAGUGAUCAAGAAUCAAAUUGAAGUUCUGGACCCAGCUGUAAUAACAAAAAUCUCCCCACUGAAAGUGAAGGCGGAACCACGUGAUAAAUCCAAGGAAGAUGUGGAAUAUAAUGAAAGUGUAAGAGAAGAAACUAGAGAGAAAAGACGAGAAAGAAGUGUGGACAGUAGGACAGAUCGAGGGCGGGAAAGAUCAGUAGAAAGUGGUCAUAGACACAAAAGCAAAAAACAUAAACAUAAAGACAAAAAAGAAAGAUCACACAGGCACAGGAGUAAACAUAAGAAAAGACGACACAAUUCAAGAGAUCACUAUUCAUCAAGGGAGAGAAGCACGUCGAGAGAUUGACCAUCAUCAACGUACACUAACACCAGUUAUUAUACCACUUAAUUUGGCAAACUCUGACUGAUGGAUCUAUAUAAGUUAUUUUUAAGUAUUCAUAUUAAGAAUAUGAAAAGUAUGGAUGUAGAUCACAUUUUGUGUUCAUUCAGAAAUAUUAAAGUGAAGGGUAGUUUUGACAA